CGCAAAAACCAUGAUAGUACAGAAUAAGGUAUUGGAAUUUGGAAUAUUUAUAAAUUGUAAACAAAGUUAUAAUUUUAUUUUUCAAAUAACAUUGUUAAUAUGUACCUAGGCUAUGAUAAUACAUUUAUCAUGUCCCAAACUGACUAUUAUUUAGUAUUUACCGUAAUUAAAAAAUUGCAGUUGUCCAAUCCUUAGUUUCUUACUUAAUCUACAAAUUCUUCAAACUGAGUGGCGUCUGACAUUAAUUUUAAGGGUUUUCUGGGAAACUAAUUUCAUAAAGUAAUCAUCUAGAAGUUCAUUGCGUGUUGCACCGUGCUACACGAUGUCGCAAAACGAUGAUAAAGUCAACAAUGACGAUAAUUCAGUUGCUGUUAAUGCAGUUGUGAACUCCGGUGACUCCAGCACGAUGAAUAAUCCAAACACAAAAACAACUAACAUGGUGAAAAGUACUUCCAAGAAUUCGGAAAAAAAUAUGAUGGUACCGAACAAUUCAAAAGUGCUUGAACCUAUACCUACAGUCCGAAAAAAUGUGGUAGCAAAAGCAAUAGAAUUUUUGGUACUCGAAUCGGUACAAAAAAUGCCUGCUGAAAGAAAAAUUCAAUUCUUAAUUAAAAAAGGAUUAACUGAUGUUGAGAUCCAGUAUUCAAUUCAGAGAGCAGCAAUGAUCUGUUAUGAUAAUCAAAGUCUUAAUAAACAAAAUCCACCUCCUGUUCAUUACAAUUCAUCGAAUGCUUCUGGUGCUAUACAAACAUCAUUUGAAUCACAGAGCUGGUACAGUCGUCUUUUUGGACCAAUAGCUUUUGCUGCUGCAAUUGUAUACAUUGGCUAUAAGUUGUAUAAAAAAUACAUAGAAAACUGGCUCUUUGGGACUCAAAAACUUCCAUUGGAAAAUCGCUUGGAAGCAUUAGAGUUGUCAGUCCAAAGGUGUAUAAUGAUGUUAGAAGAAAAAGACAAUUUACUCAAAGCAUCAAAUGCAAAUAUUGAUUUGCAAAAAGAAUUCAAUGGUCAAGUUCGUGCUGAACUGAAGUCUAUUAAAAGUUUACUUCUCAAUAGAUUCCAAUUUCCUCCAGCUCCUGCAUCUUCCAGCAUACCCCAAUGGCAGCUAUUAAAAAAUACCAAAUCACAAGUUGAACAACAAGAUAAAAUCAACAGCAGUGACGUACCAAAUUCAUUACAAACAAGUGAAAAGAUUAUACUUAAUGACAUUCAAAAAAGUUCAACAGUUGAUUUGCAAUUAAAUGGUGUUAUUAGCAGUGAUAACGAUAAGGAUUGCAUAAUAAUUAACUCUACGUCUGAAACACCAUUACCAACAAGUUCUAACCAAAAUUGUAUUAUACCUAAAGAUGUAAAUGGUGUAAAUAAUAGUGAACAUAUUGAGAAUAAUGAAGGUAUACAUCAUUGACCAGAAAUUUUUGAAUGCGAAAAAUAUAUUUUUCAACUUUCAACUAUGAAAAUCAUAUAAAUCAGAUCAUAAAAAAAAGAUUUUUGAUAUCUGUGAAUUUUUUAAUAUUAGUCUU